ACAAUUGGUCUAUUCUUGACAGAACAAUAAAGAUGAAAUCUCAGAGACAUGCCCGUUAUUUGUCCAUUGAUCUCGAAGAUGAUGUUACCCUGGUUUUCCGUAAGCCUAGUUGGCAGCUCAGAGCCUGCCUUGCCUCUGUGUUGAUCACCCCUGUCCUCUACCGACUCUACCUCAUUAUGGUCACUAUCGGAUAUGUACUCUUCUCAAACAAAUCUUACCAAACAUUUUCCUCUCCCCUACGUAUUGCUUGCCCCGUGGUUGACUUGAGUUGGACCAGAGUGUUUCCUUGUGAGCUGAGAUGGAGGGGGAGUGCACUGGCUGUUCUCAUUCUGUCAGCUGUGCUUAUCGCCUGUUACUCACUCAUCACUACCUGCUUGGUGAGAUGGAACCCUCGAAAACAAUGGAAUGUUCACUUUUGCACCACAUCAGACAAGCCGACCAAGUUCCAAGUGAGAGUUCAGAGCACUAAUCGACUAAUGUUGCUGUUACUGAUAUUCUUCUUACUGUUACAGUCAGGAGAUGUUGAAGUAAAUCCUGGACCAACGCUUGGCUCCAUUCUGACUCUCAAUGAUCUGUCGUCUGUUUACGGGAAACUGAUUAAAGCUGCUGGAGACUGGCUCAACCUGGGACUUGUCCUGGGAGUGAGCUUUGACACCCUCGAUAAUAUCAGGGAUAAAUAUAGAGACAAUCAAAACUGUCUACGGGAAAUGCUAGCUGCUCGCUUGAAAACUGCCAAUUUUACCUAUUCUGAAGUAUGUCAGAGUCUCAGAGCACCAACAGUUGAACGGAAUGAUGUUGCUCUGGCUAUAGAGAAGGGAUGUACAGCUUCUAGUGGCUAUCCUGGAUUGUCGUACAGUUCCCAACCACAACAAGUUGACUAUUUGGAGAGUGCAGCUACUCCCUGCCUGACCUACGGCACCAGUUCCUGUGCUCCUAACCCCAACUCCCUCCUUGUUCCUACAGUACCUCAGCAAGGUCAUGAUCAGGAAGUGUCUCCACCUGCAAAAUCUCCAGCAAUACCCGGUCAUUAUCAUAGACAGAAAGUUAAUCGUUUCUUUCAAGUGAACAACAUCAAUCCCCAGUAUACAUUUGACAGUGAAACUGUUCCCACCACUCAGCACCGCUGCAUUGUAUCCUACACAAUACAAGGAGAAUCCAGAGAAGUCGAUAGCGUACGUUACUACUUGAGUAAAGGAGAUGCUAAAGAGCAAGUUGCUAAGCUGGUACUCGAGAGAGAAAAACCUUCUCAAAUCGUCAGUAAAGGAAUCGCCCCACCUUCUAACAAGGUGUGGAAGUCUAAACUGAAGGAAUAUUGUGACAAGAACAAAACUGUCGUCGCAAUGAUGCCUUCCUACCGCACAGUUUCCAGUGGAAUUGGGUUCAAAUCAACUGUCACAUUUCUUGGACGUGAUAUUGAAGGGGAGGAAUGCAAAAGCAAGCAGGAAGCCGAACAAAGUGCAGCUCGCAAUGCAUUACAGAGUGUUCAGCUCAACUGAGUGCAUAUCAUGGACUGUAGAAUUUUUUUUCCAUUUCAUCAUUGUAUACGUGUACAUAAUUAUUUAUAGCCUGAGGCACAAAGCUUACGCAGGGAUAUAUACAAAAGAAAUUUUAUGAAA